CUUCAGUGGCUUUUAGACAACUAUGAAACUGCAGAAGGAGUGAGCCUUCCAAGAAGUACCCUUUACAACCAUUAUUUACGACAUUGUCAGGAACACAAGUUGGAUCCAGUCAAUGCUGCCUCCUUUGGAAAACUCAUACGGUCAAUCUUCAUGGGAUUACGGACCAGAAGACUUGGAACUAGGGGGAACUCCAAAUAUCAUUACUAUGGGAUUCGUGUCAAGCCAGACUCUCCUCUUAAUCGACUACAAGAGGACAUGCAAUAUAUGGCUAUGAGACAACAGCCCAUGCAGCAGAAACAGAGGUAUAAGCCUAUGCAGAAAGUGGAUGGAGUUGCAGAUGGCUUCACAGGAAGUGGGCAACAGACAGGCACAUCUGUUGAACAAACUGUAAUUGCCCAAAGUCAACAUCAUCAACAGUUUUUAGAUGCAUCUCGAGUACUUCCAGAGUUUGGAGAAGUUGAAAUAUCUUCUCUACCAGAUGGUACUACCUUUGAGGACAUCAAAUCACUGCAGAGUCUUUAUCGAGAGCACUGUGAG